UGUGGGGGUUACCAUGUACACUUGCAUCUCCGAUUCCCCGGCCGUUAGUCGGAUAGGGCGUCACAAUCCAAAGCAAUAGCCAGAACCUAGAGCAACCAUGCACCUUGUACUACUACACCUCCUCCUCCACCUCGUUGUCACGCGGUGCUCCGGCGACGACGACCAGUUCGUCUACUCGGGCUUCGCCGGCGCGAGGCUGUCGACGGACGGCGUCGCGGCGAUCACGCCGGACGGCAUGCUCGAGCUGACCAACGGGACGCUCCAGCGCAAGGGGCACGCGUUCCACCCGUCGCCGGUGCGCCUGCUCCGCGGUGGCGGGGCGGCCGCGCGCGCGCGGUCCUUCUCCACCUCCUUCGUGUUCGGCAUCCUGUCCGACCACGCCGGGCUCAGCGCCCACGGCAUGGCGUUCGUGGUCGCCGCCGGCACCGACUUCUCCGCCGCCCUGCCCAGCGGGUACCUGGGCCUCCUCAACGUCACGAGCGACGGGGACCCCCGCAACCGCCUCCUCGCCAUCGAGCUCGACACCAUGCAGAACGACGAGUUCCGCGACAUCAACGACAACCACGUCGGCGUCGACGUCAACAGCCUCCACUCGGCGCAGUCCAACUCCGCCGGCUUCUAUGACGACCAGGACGGCGCCGGCGGCGAGCUCCGCUUCCGCAACCUGACCCUCAUCAGCGGCGAGGCCAUGCGGGUCUGGGUGGACUACGACGCCGAGGCCGCACGGAUCGACGUCACCAUGGCUCCGCUCGGCGUGCCCAAGCCUUCGCGGCCACUGGUGUCAGCCAGGAGCAACCUCUCGACUGUUGUCGCGGCUGACUCGGCCUUCGUCGGCUUCUCCGCGGCGACCGGCGGGACCCUGAGAUCGAGGCACUACGUUCUUGGCUGGAGCUUCAGCAUGGACCGUCCUGCGCCGGCGAUCGACGUCGGCAAGCUACCCAAGCUGCCUCGCGCUGCCAGCAAGGACCGGUCGAGGAUCCUGGAGAUCGUCCUGCCGGUAGCAACCGCGGCCUUCCUCGUCGCCGCCGCCGCGGCCAUCUUCCUUGAGGUGAGGAGACACCGGAGGUACGCCGAGGUGCACGAGGACUGGGAGCUCGAGUUCGGCCCGCACAGGUUCUCGUACAAGGAUUUGUUCCAUGCCACGGGAGGCUUCAAGGACUCGAACCUUCUCGGCAUCGGAGGGUUCGGAAGGGUGUACAGGGGGGCGCUCCCGAUCUCCAGGACAGAGAUCGCAGUCAAGCGGGUGUCGCACGAGUCCCAGCAGGGCAUCAAGGAGUUCAUCGCCGAGGUCGUCUGCCUCGGCCGCCUGCAGCACCGGAACCUCGUGCAGCUGCUCGGGUACUGCCGGCGCAGAGGGGAGCUUCUGCUGGUGUACGACUUCAUGCCCAACUGGAGCCUCGACAAGUACCUGCACGCUCGAGAAGAGGGGCAGCAUCUCCGCGCUCCACAGCUGGACUGGGCCUUGAGGAUCCGGAUCAUCAAAGGCGUGGCAUCAGGCUUGCUGUACCUUCACGAGGACUGGGAGAAAGUGGUCGUCCACCGAGACAUCAAGGCGAGCAACAUCCUCCUCGACGGCGAGAUGAAUGGCCGGCUCGGCGACUUCGGCCUCGCGAGGCUCUACGACCACGGAUCCCAACCCAAGACCACCCAUGUGGUCGGCACCAUCGGCUACAUAGCCCCGGAGCUCGGGCGCACGGGCAGAGCGUCGCCUCGCACCGACAUCUUCGCCUUUGGCAUCUUCGUCCUGGAGGUGGUUUGUGGGCAGAGGCCCAUCAUCUCGGUCGCGCAAGAUGAUGGCGAGGUCUUGCUGGUGGACUGGGUGCUCCAUCACUGGCAGAGCGGGUCACUCUCGGAGGCAGUGGACGCCAGGCUCCAAGGAGACGUCGACAUUGGCGAGGCCUCCGUGGUGCUCAAGUUAGGGCUGCUUUGUGCACACCCGUUCGUCGACGCCAGACCCAGCAUUAGACAAGUCACUCAGUACCUUGAUGGAGAGGUAGCAUUGCCGGAGCUUCAGCCAACCUACCAGAUACCAUCCACCUACGAUACGUCAACGCACGAAUCAAAGGGAAGCAACCGGAGCAUAUCAAGCCUUUCAGGGGGGAGAUAACUUGCUUGUUAUGCGUGUAGUUUAUCUGAUACUGAUGAUCAUAAUUAAGAGCUGCUGUAAGAAUAUGUGUGUAUGAAGCUAACAAGGCAGUGCACCAAAGGCAUAACAAAAAAUUGUACAGAUUAUAAUGCGAGUGAAGCAAAUGGGCAUAGUGAUGAAAUGGAGUGCAGCCUUUUGGCCUAGCUCACUUUUACAAUA